AUGCCCCAAUUACGAGGCGUGCAACAUUUUGAAAGUUUGAGAGGAGUUGUAAGUUCGUGUAUUUUCUUUUAGUAAAGGUGGAGAUAAUGUCAAUAAUCGUAUAUAUGUAGUGAUUGAAUUUUAAAUAACCGAGAUAAGAACUGUAGCUGUACUAUACUUUCGUAAAUCUUUUGUUUAUCUUUUCACUUCACAUGUUUUAAGCCAUAUACACAUUUCUGAUAAAUGUUUACAUAGAAAUAACGGUUAACUGGAUAUGUUUACUUGACAUAAACGCAUGAAUAAAAACAUACACUAGCGAAAAAUGUAUUGUGUUAGGGUGUAACGAAAAAAUCCAAAUACACUAAUAUAUAUGUGUGUGUUCAUAUGUAUAUAAUUACAACAAGUUACUGCCAACUUUACAAAGCACACUGGCAGAAAAUAUUGUAAUGACAGAAAAGGCUGCCCUCUGUCUCAUGACUCCCGAGUCCAGCCCGAAACUAAAUACAGUCAUCAUUGAUGAUGAUACGGUGACAAUAACAUCAACGUCAAUUCCCUCACCAAACAAUAGUUCAAAAUAUGAUGCAGUUCUGGCAGACGAAAAUUUUACCAAGAGCCUGUUGAAAGCCAGUGAAAAGGAAUCGCUUUCAAGAGAAGGCGAAUGCGUCGCAGAAGAAAAUCGGAGCAACGACAACUGUGAUGUUGAAAUUGCCAACAAACCUAAUGUGUAUAAAAGAACAAAUUCGAAACGAAAUAGCCAAAGAAAGAAACGAAAUGCUUCCAUCUUGUAUUAUACUUCUGUCGGCCGGAAUCUCACAGACAACAGAACUCCAGAAGAUUUCACUGGUAAAUCGCUAACACGAAGUCAGAAACAUGUACAUUUGUCAAGGAAGUGGCCUCAGUGGUUGUGGAAAUUGUUUUCACGCUCCCUUGGUGUGAAAAUUCAUCCAAAUGAUACACCUCUGGUUGGAACUAUAUUGCAUAUGCUUACCUUAACAUGUGCCUUUUCAUUCAGUGUAGCAUCAGCCUGGUACAUCGUGUUGGAUGUCCUCAGCAAUUACACACGUACUACUGUGCUUAUAGGUUCUGUUUCUAUACUGAUUGGUUUUUCUUGGGUUGCCAUCGGAAUUUAUGCUAAUGAUCUUGCUGGGCGACUAAUCAGCAAUAAAAGUUUUGCUGAUAGCGUUCGCAUGCAUUCUAGGACAGUCUUUAAAAUCAGUUCCACUGGUUUGCUGUUUUUGAUAAGUCUGGCGUUGAUGUGUGUGAAUUCUUACCAUUCUUGGAUCAAUUUCCAAACUGAAUCUUGUCAGCAAAUUGGGGUUACGAAUGCUCUGUGCCUGAUUGCAUUCUCUUGUAAAGUCAGUUUUGGUGUCUUUGCAUUGAUCUGGAAUUGCAUGGUGGGCUUCAUCCUUCUCUCCGUUUGCAGAACCCACACUAUUGGAAUCCGUCGGUUUAUUCGAGAGUUAGAAGUUGAUGGUCAAAGUUAUGAUGCUUACUGGAAAUAUCAGAACUCUCGAACUGGAGUACGCCAUGUUGACAUCGAUAGUCUCUCUUCAGGUUUAGGAGCAGAUUUCUGUGAUGAAUGUGCAUGGAAUGAUGGCUAUGACAGGAAUGAACAUAAUUGUGACAACAAUAGCCAAAUGCCCAGGCCAGUUUCAAGACCAAGACUACCAACUGAAGAGAGCCCUUCCCAAAUUGUCACCCCUUCAAAUCAAGAUGAUGACAAAAAGAAUGAAGGUCGUUUGCCUGAAGCAAUAUCAGAUCAAGCUGUAGACAUGGAAACACCACCUGAAAAUACUCAUUCACAUGACAUGGUAUCAGAACUGAUGACAAAUGAUGAUAUAUUGAUGUCCUACUGGAAAAUAUCUUUCCGUAUGCGUACAACAUCAGCCUAUCUGCAACGCUGGCUGGCCAGCUGGAUUGUCCUGAUUGUACUAUGGUGUGCUAAUUAUAUUAUAUUUUGGAUGUCUCAUAAAGCCACUCUUCUGGGUAUUGUAGAAUUCAUCUUGCCGCUUUUGCUUCUGUUACUCGUAUCUUCUGCAUUUGCUGAAGCAAAUGCUGAAGGCCAGCGUAUGAUCAGAUGUAUGUGUCCAACUGAAGAUCGCCUCUUUCUCCUCUUGUUUCUCAACCAGCAACCUCUACAGAUGACGGUUUUUAACUUUGCCUUGACAUAUAAUGCCAUUGUGGGAAUCCUUCUUGCCUUUUCUGUAGCAUUUGCCUCUAAAGUGAUAAUGGAUGAGGUUGUUAUAUAACAAGAAGAAAAGAAGAAACAAAAUAUCAGCCAGUACUGAAAAUGCUAAUUUAAACAACCAAUGAA